AUGCAUUUUCGAUGGAUGUUUGCCCUGUUGAAGAUUUCCUUGUCAUUGCCGUUGCUAUCGCGAACUGCCGACGCCGAACGCUCUGCUCGCCACUGCGUUGAAGAAGGAAGAAAACACAUCAACAUCUGUGUUUCAUUUUCCACCGAAGCGAACAGCACCACAGGAGGGACGGAUUUCCGUCUUACUUUUGAGCACCAACGGUAUUCUACCGGUGGAUGGACGGCCGUUGGCCUUGGCAGCGGCAUGUACGGGGCCCUGAUGCUGAUUGCCUACACAGGGACAGAUGGCGAACCUGUUCUAAGUAUCCGUCAUGGAAGAGGACAUAUCGAACCGCGACCCUUUGAGCUCCUGCCAGAGAUGGUCAUGUCCGCCGUCUCAAUUAACGAAAACAAGUGGUUCACGUCAACUCUCACCUGCUAUAACUGCGACGACUGGGUCAAACCAGACAAAGGAGCCAGCGCUCAACCAUUUAUCUGGGCGACCAAUCCCUAUGAGCCCCGAGAUGGCGCUUCUGCCGACGCGCAGCUGCCGAUGCAUCGACACAAGGGGCAUUUCACGCUCGAGCCCAGCAAGGACCAGAGAAAAGGGGGAAACCGCAAUGGGAGAUGCGACAGUCCCCUCGUCCGCACCGAAGCCGUCAGCCAGAAUCGUGGUACUAAUGAGUCUCGCCAUCAUGGUCCUUUUCCCGGCAGCGGCACUUUGGGCGGCAGAUGCAUCGGAGAAGGGGAGCAAAAGCUUACGAGCCGCGCAAGUGGUUGCCACGCUGCUACACAAUGGCCCAAAUUUGUUUUGGCAGCUGGAUUGUUGCCAUGGCCGUCCUUCGAAUGGUACUUGCUCACUUCUCGCACCGGAGGUUGA